AUGAGCAUAACAGCAGUCGAAAUCCAUCAGCCAACAUUCGACAUGGCGAAGAAAUGGUUUUCAUUGAAAACGGACAAACUCUUUCAUGUCAUCAUCGGUGAUGGAGUAAAGUACUUGGAGCAAAGUGUUCGAACAGGACGCCAGUUCGAUGUUAUCAUGUUGGAUGCUUGUUUCCUUGAAACUCACGAAGAAAUUCACUGUCCAAGUUCCGUAUUCCUUAAAGAAGAACCUAUAAAGAACAUGGCGAAAUUAGUUGGUGAUCAAGGUGAAGUUCAGUCUGAGUUUUAA